AUCACAGACCUGAUUAGUUUUAUGUUCCAUGCCUCCAUAGCGUUAUCAAGAUGCAAGAUACCAACAAGAGUGGCGAUGAUAUACUUUACCAGACACAGCACAAAAUUUUCAAGCGCCUACUUCCAGUUAUUGUUUGUAUUGCGAUUCUGGGCGCAGUUGGUAUCAUCGGCAAUAUUUUGGCGAUGAUCUUUUACACAACAAAGUCAAAACGAACUACGACUGUCAACUUGAUAAUAAGCCUUUCAAUAGUAGACUUUAUGGUGUGUUUACUGGUUAUCCCAAACCUUACUGAGGUAAUUUUAAACGUGGGGAACAGCCAAAGGUUUCUGUGCAAGGUGACACAUUUUCUCAGUUUGUGGAGCAUUGCAAGUUCAUGUAUUUUGUUAUGGGUCAUUUCAAUAGACAGACAUAGAAGAAUCUGUAAACCUUUUGCUAAACAGAUUACAAUCCAUGCAGUCAAAUAUAUAGUUGCUGGUAUUAUCAUAUUUACAUUUGCACUGGCAAUUAGAAAUUUGAUCAUUUUUGACACAGUUGCUAUGGAAAUUUCAACAUCAAGUAUUAACAGGACAACAAUUGGAUAUUACUGUACAGUUACGGACGAUCCAGACUUAAAGAUUAUUGUUUCUUCUUUCUAUGCACUGGAUUUUCUUCUCAUCUUAGUAGCUUGGGUUACCAUCAUUGUGACAUAUUCGAAUGCAAUUUUUAUCUUGAUGAAGCAGAGACAUAAAAUGAAGCGGAAACCGCCAAAAGUGCAACACAACAUCACACUCGAACUAAGCAUAACGGAAACAAGCUGCGGCGCAUGUGAUGCCGAUGGCGGUAGUGAAUGGAAUAUUUCAGAAGACCUUGAUAUAUCAAGAGGGGUGGAUAAGGAAAGCCCAUAUAGAGAUGAUAAUGAUAAAGCACAAACGUCUCAGGAGGGAAGUCAUCGGCCUCCUAUGCUUACUCUCAAUCCGAAGGCGCUCACUGUCUGCAAUUUAUCAAAGCGAAAUGCAAAUGACAUAAUAAAGUCUUAUGUCAAACUCGUCGCGGUCAAAAGUGUCAUAGAACGGAAUCUUACCAUUAUGAUGUUUGCGGCAUCAAUUGUUUUCAUUCUGAGUUUUACACCUUUCUUUGUGAUAAGAGUAAUCAUGAGGAUUUAUCUUGGUGCUGGGAUAGAUUACGAACUGAAAACAGGAAUCCAGUUUGCAUUAAAAUUACCAGUUCUAAACAGUGUCUUCAAUCCGGUCAUUUACUGUGUGUUCAAUUCCAAGUUUAGGAAGUUCUUAAAAUGUGGAUUUUGACGGUUUUGACAAAAAAAUAAAUGCAAGGACUAGCGUGAUCCACGUUAAAAGUAUAAAAUGCAGUGAUAACUUUAAAUACUAAACUGAACUGAACAACCAAGAGACUAAAACUGUACAAAUUGUGUAUCACCAAAUGUAGAGGGAUUGGUUGCUUUUCGUAGUAUAUUUUGU